UUUAUGAUGCAAUUUUAAACAAAAUAACAUUUCAAACACUAUUUACCCGUAUUUAUUCUUGUCUAACUUCUUUCGUCUUUAGUUUGUUUUUAUCUAGAAAUCUGGAAAUAAAAAUGGCGACCGAAAAGGAUUUAAUAAAUGCUGUAAGAGAAUCGCUUAAAGUCGACGGAGAAUUAGGCAGAAUAAAAGCUGCGAUGUGUACGCAAGUCAUAAAACUAUUGGAUAAUUCGAACAAAGGAAAUACAGUAAAGCUUCCAAAGCCGUCUCAAGACAUUAUGCUUUUAAACGAACUUGUGCGAGAAUAUUUAGAUUGGAUGGAGUACAAAUAUAGCUCCACCGUAUUUACAUCAGAAUGCAACUUGUCAAAACAACCUCUCAACAAAGCUUUACUCGCACAGAGUCUAGGAGUACAGGAAAGCGACAAUAGCAAAGAUUUACCUUUGCUCUGUAGCAUACUGGAAACCAUAAAGAGUUUGAAAAAUACAUAAAUAUGUAUAAUUAUAUCUACAAAUUAAAAUUUAAAAAG